GCCUCCUCUUCGGGUAGUCCACAAAUGCAUCGUUCAAUUUCAAUGCCCGUCCAACCCCAACCUUUACCAAUGAAAACCAUGCAACGUUCUCAGGAAAAAGAAACUCUCUACGAGGAGGAUUAUUAUCCGGAAAGUCCGGCUUGUGAACGUCGUGUUAAGUCACGAAUGUUGGUUGACGAUCGCUUGGGUUGUCACAGUCAAAGUGAUAAUAUUCUUACAGCUGACUGGGCUGGGAGCACCAUAGAACUAAACACUGAUCUGCGAAGGAAUGAAAUCGAUACAUUCUAUAAUCCGCCCAAACCCUAUAGGGUUAUAGAGAAAAAUGGACGUGAAAAUGUUAUAUUCAAGAGGCUACCAGAGAAAUCAUGGCGUUAUAUACGGGAUUUUGUAACAACCUUGAUUGAAUUAGAUUGGAAAUAUAUGCUGGCCAUGUUUAUCGGCAGCUAUUUCCUCAGUUGGUUUGUUUUUGCCCUUCUAAGUUAUAUGGUUGCCUAUUCACAUGGUGAUCUAAUGUUCGAUGAGGUGACCGGUGAACGUUUGGGCGAAGGCAAGGAUCCCUGUAUUAUUGGCGUCUAUGAUUUCACCUCAACUUUUAUAUAUUCCAUGGAGACACAGACCACCAUUGGUUAUGGUGAAAAAUAUCCCAGUGAAGAGUGUCCGGAGACAAUGUUUCUAUUUAUAAUGCAAAUUGUUUGUUCCAUAGCCAUUGAGGGUGCAAUGGUUAGCAUCAUAUAUGCGAAGACAGCGAGACCGGCGAAACAAAUAACCAAAAUGAAAUUUAGCAAUAAAGCUGUGAUCUGUUAUCGUGAUGGUAAACUUUGUUUAUUGUUUCGGGUCUGUGAUCCACGAGAGCAGCAUAGCAUUGAAACGAAGAUACGAGUUUAUAUGAUCAUCGAUAGGCCCACCAAAGAAGGAGAACUCAUUAAAACCCACACGGAAUUAGAAUUGGAAAAUAAUGGACAACAAAUGAUUGUCUGGCCGGAUACAGUUUGUCAUGUUAUCGAUGAGAAUUCACCGCUGCGACAUUUCAAAUGUGCCAAGGAUUUGGUAAAUGCCCAAUUUGAAUUAUAUAUUAGCAUUGUGGGUGUAUCACCGGCCACGGCACAAGUGACCGAAGCUCGUACCUCAUAUAUACCACGGGAAAUAUUUUGGGGUCAACGUUUUGUUAAUAUUAUCAAAUAUGAUGCCCAAAAUGAACGUUACGAAGUGGAUUAUAGUAAUUUCAAUACAACAAUAUCGGUAAGAACUAUAGAAUAUUUAAUUAUUGAAAUUUGUUAA